GAGCUCUUUUAGGAGGGGAGUUUACACUUUACACUUAUUAUUCACCUCGAGCACAAGAAGCUUCAUUUUGGGAAGGAGACCCUUUGUAUUUGUUCUGGGUGUUUUUGUUGAAGAAAGACAAAGUUGAAGAUGAAACUCAUCCUGUUCUUCGUUAUCUCCUGCCUCGCCUUACAUAACGGAAACGGAGCGCCUAGAACUGCUGUGUAUAAGUUUGUGAAAUGUAACCCCGAGGGCGACCAGGCCAACUGUGUGACCCAGCGGGGUCCAGAAAUGUCCUGGACCCCAGACCUACCCAACAAACUGCCUGCUGCAGAUGCACAGUAUCUUGAGGCAGAGCCUGAGGAGGGUGAGAGUCCACCAAGUGAGGAGGAUGUGGAGUUAGAGAUGGAAGAGGAAGAGGAUGAGCCGAUGACUUCCGAGGAAGGGGAGUCCCCUGUGUGGAUUGACGAUGGCUCUGGAUCUUUCGAGGGUUCUGCCACUGAAGAUAUGCUGAUGGCCGACCUGCCCUUUGGGGCUGCUGAGAGUGACACAGGCUCCGGGGAGUCCUGGGCAGAGAAGGGCGAGGAUCUUUACAAAGUUGGGGCUGUGAGGGGCAUGAGGGGCAUUAGGCGGCUGUUCCCUAGCCGGUCUCUGGUUGGUGAGGCAAAGCCAGCGGAGCAGGAGCUGAGAGAAGACCACCUUCUGCAGCUCUAGACUAUACACCCACCAUAUACAUGAGGCUACCAUCUGUUUUUUUCCAACCUGUCUAUUCAAAUACUAAAACAAAUAUUGCACCACCACAUGGUUGCUUGGACAUUGACAAAGGCCAAAUAUAUAUUUUAUAUUCUCAGUGCUAUUGGUAGGAAUUACUCUCGUCGCAAGAGAACAAGUGUAAACAAUGAAAAAGUAGCUGCCAAAGUAAAAGAAUGGUCUGCAUAAAUGAGACAUAUACAUUAUUUGAUUUAGCUUAACCUGUAUAUGCAUUUUUUGUGUGGAAAAGACGAGUAAGUUGGAAUUAAGUUUUUACUAUAAAUUUGGAAUAUGCUUUUAUAAUGUGUAAUAUCAGUGCAAUACGAUAAAGCCUAUGUCCAUCCUUUGCUCACUCUCUGCAGCUGUGGUUCCAAUUUGUGGAGCUAUGAGGCUUGUUGUUUUAAGACAAACAAAGACAUAUUUAUAUAAUUGGAUUCCUUUGUCUGAAAUGUUGUGACACUUUAGCUUAGACUUACCCUGGAGGGUUAUGAAAAAUAUUGUGAGAACUUGAACAAAAGAAUAUUGCAAACCAAAACCCCUCAGGAACAGAUUCACCCAACCAUAACCACUGUGAGCUGAAACAUAUUCAAAAUAUGCAUGAUGAAAUGCAUGCAUUUCAUCAUGCUCUGCACUGUCUAAUUUGCUUUUGAAGUACAAUAAAGGAUUUAUAACAAAA